CUCACCACUUCAGAAGAACCACUCAUAAAAACAGACACAGGGAGGAAGAGAAUAUGGGUUUAAACAAGAUAGGUCUGGUGCUGUUCCUGGUAGCGGCGGCGGCCAUCACUGCAUCUGCGGAGGCUCGCUUGGAUGUAAAUACCGUCGUGGCUCAGGCGUUGAUGGGCGGCGAACGGAACUACAUGGUCAAGUCCACCACCAGAGCCUGCUGCGACAACUGCGCUUGCACCAAGUCAAACCCACCUAAAUGUAAGUGCAAUGAUGUAUUGCCAGAAACUUGCCACUCUGCUUGUAAGAAUUGUAUCUGUUAUCUCAAAUAUCCUCGUGUGUGCGUUUGCAUGGAUAUCACCAACUUCUGCUACGAUUCUUGCUCUUCUGCUGCUAAACCUAACUAGCUAGCACCCGAUAUCUGAGAAUAUGUCUCUAUUGUCAACAAUAAUCAGUGGUGUAAUGUUAUCUUAUGUGUUGCCAAAGCCUAUACUACUUAUGGCUUUGUUUCUGUAUAUGUACGUUAUCUAAUUAAUUGAAUAAAAUAUCUUGUGCCUUGCAUGCUUAUGCAGUUUGCUUUUUGCAAACUCGUUGCUUGCGUGUGGGCUCAUGAUCUUGUUUUA